AUGUGUUUUAGCAUUGAUUCCCCUGACAGCUUAGAUAAUAUUCCUGAGAAGUGGACCCCCGAAGUAAAACACUUUUGUAGUAACGUACCGAUUAUUCUUGUCGGAAACAAGAAGGAUUUAAGAAAUGAUGAAGGUACCCGCAGGGAACUCGCUAGAAUGAAGCAGGAACCUGUAAAAACAGAAGAUGGCAAGGCUAUGGCGGAAAAAAUAGGUGCAUACGCCUAUAUAGAAUGUUCAGCCAAAACCAAAGAAGGUGUUCGUGAAGUCUUUGAAAUCGCGACCAGAGCUGCUUUGCAGUCCAAAAAACGAAAAAAGAAAAUGAAAUGUGCUAUCAUCUAA